AUGGCUGACCUGAGCUUCAUCGAAGAUGCCGUCGCCUUCCCGGAGAAGGAGGAGGAUGAAGAGGAGGAGGAGGAGGGCGUGGAGUGGGGCUACGAAGAAGGUGUUGAAUGGGGGUUGGUGUUUCCUGAUGCGAAUGGGGAGUACCAGUCUCCCAUUAACCUGAAUUCAAGGGAAGCCAGAUAUGACCCCUCACUGCUGGAUGUCCGCCUCUCGCCAAAUUAUGUAGUCUGCCGAGACUGUGAGGUCACCAAUGAUGGACAUACCAUUCAGGUUAUCCUGAAGUCAAAAUCAGUUCUUUCGGGAGGUCCAUUGCCUCAAGGGCAUGAAUUCGAACUGUAUGAGGUUCGAUUUCAUUGGGGAAGAGAAAACCAGCGUGGUUCUGAGCACACAGUUAAUUUCAAAGCUUUUCCCAUGGAGUUGCAUCUGAUCCACUGGAACUCCACCCUGUUUGGCAGUAUUGACGAGGCUGUGGGGAAGCCGCAUGGAAUCGCCAUCAUCGCUUUGUUUGUUCAGAUAGGAAAAGAACAUGUAGGCCUAAAGGCUGUGACCGAAAUCCUCCAGGAUAUUCAGUAUAAGGGGAAGUCUAAAAUAAUACCCUGCUUUAAUCCUAACACUUUAUUACCAGAUCCUCUGCUGCGUGAUUAUUGGGUGUAUGAAGGCUCGCUCACUAUUCCACCUUGCAGUGAAGGUGUCACCUGGAUAUUAUUCCGAUACCCUUUAACUAUAUCCCAGCUACAGAUUGAAGAAUUCCGAAGGCUGAGGACACAUGUGAAGGGGGCAGAACUCGUGGAAGGCUGUGAUGGGAUUUUGGGAGACAAUUUUAGACCCACGCAGCCACUUAGUGACAGAGUCAUCAGAGCUGCAUUUCAGUAGCCAAAGGGAACAGGACCAAGCCCGGCUUCCUCCGAGAUAAAGAAACU